AUGGUGAUCGGACACGUCCUUACGGCUGGAUCGCUGGCGUUUGACACGUUGGAGUACAACCGCGAUGGAUUCGCUGCAGCCGCGGGCAUGCGGCAGAACCAGAUGUACCAGGAGAAGAGCUACCAUAUCAACCUCAUUGCUGCUUUAAGACAAGAACUUCGAGACUUCAUGACCAUUUUUGUGGGUCGGAUGAGCAAUAUCAUGAUCAUGGAUACCUUGCUCUUUGGCAUUGCCGCUGGUUUCCUUUGUGAAGGGGAGAUCAAUGAGAGUGCGGCUGACUUCAUGGUCCAUGCCUACUAUACUUCGAUGGUUGUUUCAGUGCUUUACUUUGGGCUGUCGAUGGUCUUUGCAGUCUUGGGGGUCACUCUGGCCUACUCCGAGAGCAGACAGUUCCUGCUGAAUGUGGUGCCAGACCCUUUGGACAAGUAUGACUUCGACUACAUGAGCCAGCUGAAAGAGUUUGAGCGCGACUCCCAAGCCUAUCGAGUGCCAGUACUCUCGAGCUUGGUCAUGUCCAUGCAAACGAAGAAGAAAUCCAAAGAAGGCCGCGUGCCGAUGGAAGAGCUCCCGCGUGGCGCUUCGAAACAACGGGCCAGUGGCCGUGCCUCCACAGCACGAGCCGCCUUGGAGCAGAAGGCUGAGGAAACCAUCGGGAGGCCCCCGGAACCGCGAAGCUAUUUCGAGGUUCUCGGUGAGUACAACUCUCUGUGGGAACCCUGUUCCACAGCUUCUCAUGAGUGCAUGGCGCAUGGGAUCUUUGGCUUGUGUCAGGGCUUCGCCAUGUUCGUCUUGGGCCACAACUAUGAUCGCAGCCAUUGGGGCUCUGUGAAUCUCUUCAUCACCCUCAUUUUGUCUGGAGUUCUUGUAGCCAAUCGCAUGGUGAGCCCCAAGGUACAGAGUAAAAAGGAGCGGAUGCGACGGAUGCGACAGAGCGGGCCACGAUUCCUGCCCAUGGGCAUCCGAAAUGGUGGUGAUGUGCUCGUUCUUGAUGCCAAGUUGCAAGAAGCAUAUCACGCAGAUUAUGCGCUUUUGCACUUCCUUUUUGCGAUGGUGACCAUCAACGGCCACCAAGAAGAGCCUCAGAAGAGGCCCUAUGAGGUUGAGGACCUUGAGAGUGGGCGACCCUCCCCCGAGCCGAUGCUGCAGGAGCUCCUGCGGAAGAGUCGCCGUCACUCACGGCAGAACUCCCGGGAGGCGACGCGCGUCAUCGCGGCAGGACACGCCGUGGCGGGUGCUCCCUGGUUGAGCCUUUGCAUCUGGAUGAUCUACUACGCCGCCCAGCGGCAGUCGGUGAUGGUCGUCCCAGAGCAGCUCGACUUGGAGUGGCCCAGCCACGUCUUCCACGCUCAUGCGCUCAGUUGUGCAGGUGGCGAGAGCUUCAUCUCCAACAAGUUGGGCAUCUAUCGCAUCGAGGACAAUCGUGUGGAACCUUUGCAGUGCGUCAAUCUGGCAGGAGACCUUCGGGACAUGACCGCGGGAUGCGGCGAAUCCUGUUGGAACCUGGCCCUGACAUCGCAUGGUUUGGUGAACUGCAGUUCCAGUCAAGAGUAUCCUUGGGCGAAAUCGGAGAAGGUCAACGCCAUCUCUUGGAGCAACGAGGAGCUCUACUACUGGGAUGGGACAGAUCUCAUCCAAGAGCGAAGUCGUUUGGAGAUGCCCAUGACUUCGCUCCACAAGGAUCUGAAGACCUUCGAUGUGUGGCCGACGGCUCAGGGAAACCUGUUCUUUUUCUUCUCCAAGAAAAGCGUCAUUGGCGAGACGCUCCGUGGAGCCUGUGUUGAGGACCGGCACAGCGUGUUGCUGGCCAUGCAAGAUGAAUCGCCCCUUCCCCGUCUUUUGCGGGUCAAAGUGACCUGAUCGUCGCAGACGAAAAACUCGCUGCGAAUUCGCUGCCGCUGGCAAUGAAAACAGUUUUGUGACGUGGGCCGGGGGUUUGGAAGAUGAGA